AUGGGGAACCAGGAGGCCAAGCAGAGGAAGGUAGCAGGGGAAGAUGCCCCCUGUGAUGGGGGAGUCGAGGACAGGGAACCUGAGAGCUCCAAGAAAGUCAAGUCCAAAGGGGGAGAUGGUGACAAGAAGAAAUCUCAAUCGGAAUCCAAAAGCUCUGUGUUUUCCAGCAUGCAGAUCAGGAAGAGUCUGUCUAAGGCAAAGGGGCUGUCCAAGGAGGUUAUCCUGGACGGCAAGAGGUCCCAGCUGGAGGAGGCUGAUGAUCUGCCUCUCUGCAGACGAGCUGGGAAUGAUGUCGGAUGGUGACCCAGAGCAUGGCCGCUUGACAACGUCGGAGGCAGAGGACGAGGGCCGGAGGACCAGUUCAGGAUCAGACGGGGACCUCUACAGCUUCCACUCUGCUAUGGCUGAGCAUGAGGAUCUGCUCUCUGACAUCCAGCAGGCUAUCAGGGAGAAUCAUGGGAACAUUGAUGUGGUCCUGGAUAGAGUCUCUGUCCUUUUGGCUGAGGGGAUCACCUCCUCCACCUCAGAUGGUGAUUUUAAACCCUUAGCCCCUGACCCCUCUGACCCACAAGAGGUAGGCUCCACUCUGGGGCCAGACCUGGACAAGGGACAGGUUGAUGAGACACCUGUUGGUACUGAUACUGCAGGACCAGACCAAAGUGCUGAGCGUAGACAAUCAGAGGCAGAGGGAGGUGUUGCAUCUGGCGCAUCUGGGGGGGAGUCAGAUUUAGGUUCACCAAGCGACAGUGGCCCCUCGGCGGACCAGGACACAGAGAGGAGCAGCGGCAGCCCCCUGCCCAAAACCACCAGCACCUACAGCUUCCCAGACACCAACUCCACUACCAUGUCCUAUGAGAGCGCUUAGGAGACUCAGGACGACCUGGAGAGCCCGGUGCUGACCUCCCAGCUGACUCAGAGCCAGAGCUUUGAUGGGGAGGGUAGCACCAUCGAGGUGGUCAGGUGCAUCAGGUUGGGACCGGACUCAGGUUCAUCCAGAAGUGUGAGUAACAUGGAACUGACUGUGGAGAGGGAGGAGGAGGGGGACAGGGGGAGAGACUUCCGGUCCCUGAGCAGGAGAAAGAGUAGCUAUUCUGUCUCUCUGCUGACGAGUUACAGUUCCAAAAGAUCUCUUUCCAGAAGGAUGUCCUCCACUACCUCCACUGUCAAGCCCUGUCCUCCCAUCCACCCUUCCUACAUGAAGACCACCACCAGGCAGCUGACCUCACCCAUAGGCUCUCCAAGCCAGAGCCCCCAUAUCCCCCGUAGGAUGGAGCCAGGCUCUGGGGCAGGGUAUGGGGGCCACAAGGCCCAGAGAUGGAGAACCACCAGGCAGAGGUCCUGCAGUAUCGCCGGGCCUUUCAGUCAUUCAGCAGACUGGACCAAGGUUCUGGAAGGCCUCAGAUUGAGGCAUGAGUCCGCCACUGACCUCCAGGAACAUGGGGGGUCAGAAAGAGGCUUUCCAGGGGCGAGUCUGACCCUAGGCACCAGACGAGGUGUCCAGACCACCACCACAGAGCCCUAUCAAGAUGUCUUUUCUGGUAAGUGACUGAGCAUAGAGGUGCUUCAUGACUUAUAGAGUAACAUUGGUAGAAAGGAGGUAAAUAAUGUGGUUAGAUGCCUUUUUUCCCAACAGGGAUUUGACCUGUCAAGCUUGAUGAUGAGUUCAUCACUCCAUCCGGUCAGCCAGACCAUCUUGUUAUCCAGUCUGGCCCUGGUUUAGCUAUUUGAGUAAUCAGUCAUGUGACAUGGAUCUGUUUCAGAGAACAUCAACAGCAGAGUUUAAAUUGGGACAGAGGUCACUAGCAUGUAAACUGUUUCGCUGGUGCUGCUGUUGUUGUUUGUUCAUGUGUGUGACUUUAAAGGCAAAAAAAAUCACUUUCCUUUGGAUAAGGUUGUUCAUCAUAAUACUGUAUGUGUAUCUAAAGAGUGUUGGUUAUUGCAUGAAAUAGGAGCAACAUCGCAUUUUAGCAAUGUUCUUUUAAUCACACUGCUAGAUAGCUAAAAUAGCUUUGAAUUAUUAUUACCUGUCCAAAAACCAUCCAUUGUGUCACGACUUCCUCCGAAGCUGUCACCUCUCCUUGUUUGGGCAGGCUUCGGCGUUCGUCGCCACUGCCGCUACGCAUCUCAUCAUUCCAUUUGUUUUGUCUUGUUUAUUACACACACCUGGUUCAUCUCCCCUCAUCAGUACCUGUAUAAAUAUUCCCUCUGCCCCCUUGUCUUUGUGUGUGAUUGUUUAUUUUGGAGGAUAGUGAAGCUCGGUGGAGCUCUGUGUAUUUUGUAUCACCGGGAUAUUUCCCUGUGUGCCGUGUAUUUCCAGUGCGCCUGUUAUGCGCACUAGAGUGUUUUGACGCAUUUCUGCGUAACUCUGUAAUUGCGGAAUAAAGCCUGUUAUUCUGUGAUUUACCCUCCUGCGCCUGACUCCUUCGACAUCACCUCAUCACAGAAUCACACACCAGACAUGGAGUCAGCAGGAGAGGAGCACAUGCCUGGAGUCGUGGCACGGGUCAGGGAGCAUUCAACAAUUCUAGCCAGCUUAGGAGAAGCGAUGGAUCGGGAACAGCUGAGGGACCGGAUCCAGCCACCCACACCCCAGCACCCAGAGGGAUCCAUAUAUCCCGACCACGGGAUUUCAACGGGACAGCUACCCUCUGCCAGGGAUUCCUCCUACAACUGGAGUUAUACUAUUCGAACAUCAGCCCGGCUCUAUCGGAGCGGGAGAAGGUGUCCACCCUCAUCUCCUGCCUCUCGGGGAAAGCUCUGGAGUGAAGGAGGAGCCGCUUUGGACAACUACGGGGAGUUCACUCGCCUCUUUCGGGCAGUCUUCGAUCACCUGCCCGAAGGUAGAGAGGCGGGCGAGUGGCUGGCCCAUCUGAGGCAGGGGACGAGGACCGCGCAGGACUUCGCUCUGGAAUUUCAGACUCUAGAGGAUGGGUCCGGGUGGAACGAGCGGGCCCUCAUCGACCACUUCCGGUGCCAUCUACGAGAGGAUGUCCGAAGGGAGCUAGUCUGCCAGGACACCAUUUUGUCCUUCAACCAACUGGUGGACAUGGCCAUCCAGUUGGACAACCUGCUGGCUGCUAGAGGACGUCCUGGAAGGGCCUGCCCAUUCCAACCCCCCCCCCCCCCCCCCCCCAUCCUGGAUCCUGAGGUCAUGGAGCUGGGUGGAGAGGCGAUCUGGAAGAGCGGAGGACGACAGCGCCAGUGUCACUCUCGUGGCAUGAGUGGACAUUCACCUGCACGCGGCUGUCAGCGUUCUUUUGGGUCUGGAGGCGGCAGGCAGGGCACUCUCGUGUCACCCCAGGUAUCGAACACACACACACGUUCAGAGCCCUCUGCUGCGCACUGUACCCUACACAUCCACAUUCCUGAUUACACAGUGUAAGGCGCUGGUCAAAUCAUGCGCAGCUGGGAACUUUAUGGACAGGUCAUUUGCACAUAGUCUAGGCAUUACAUUGGUUCCCCUAUCCAUUCCACUCCCCAUCAGAGCACUUGACAGUCGACCAUUAGGGUCCGGGUUUGUUAGGGACAAUACGUUAUAGUUAUCCUCUAUCCCUUAUUCCAUCUGUGAUCGAGUCAAUGCAUGGGGCGCGCUUCUUCACAAAAUUAGAUCUCCGGAGUGCGUACAACCUGGUGCGUGUCCGAGAGGGGGACGAGUGGAAGACAGCAUUCAGCACAACAACGGGGCAUUACGAAUAUCUGGUGAUGCCCUACGGUUUGAUGAAUGCUUCCAGUCCUUUAUGAACGAGGUGUUUCAGGACAUGCUUGGUCGCGGUGUAGUGGUAUACAUCAAUGACAUUCUGGCGUAUUACGCUACGUGCGCCGAGCACGUGUCCCUGGUUAGCAAAGUGCUGCCCCGACUGUUGGAACAUGACCUUUAUGCCAAGGCAGAAAAGUGUCUGUUUUUCCAACAGUCCAUCUUCUUCCUCGGAUACCGCAUUACCACCUCAGGUGUGGAGAUGGAGGGAGAUCGCAUUUCAGCCGUGCAUAAUUGGCCAACUCCAACCACGGUCAAGGAGGUGCAGCGCUUUAUUGGCUUUGCCAACUACUAUCGGAGGUUUAUCCGGAGCUUUGGCAAGGUCGCAGCUCCCAUCACAUCUCUGUUGAAGGAUGGGCCUUCCCGGCUUUGCUGGUCUGCUGAGGCUGACAGGGCCUUCAGAAACCUGAGGGUUCUGUUCACCUCAGCCCCAGUACUGGCCCAUCCCGAUCCAUUACUACCGUUUGUAGUGGAGGUGGAUGCAUCCGAGGUAGGGAUAGGCGCUGUCCUAUCUAAACGCUCGGGCACGCCACCCAAGCUCCGCCCCUGUGCCCUCUUCUCCAAGAAGCUCAGCCCGGUGGAGCAGAUCUACGACGUUGGUGAUCGGGAGCUGUUGGCUGUUGUCCGAGCCCUGACCGUGUAGAGGCACUGGCUCGAGGGUGCGAAACACCCUUUCCUCGUCUUGACAGACCACCGUAACCUGGAGUACAUCCGGGCAGCGAGGAGGCUGAAACCUCGCCAGGCCUGGUGGGCCCUAUUCUUCACCCGGUUAGAUUUGACUCUGUCUUACAUCCCAGGUACGAAGAGCGUGAAGGUAGAUGCACUCUCACGGCUGUACGACACAGAGCAGAGGCCCAUAGACAACACCCCCAUACUCCCGGCCUCCUGCAUUGUGGCGCUGGUAGUGUGGGCGAUGGACGUGGACAUAGAGCGGGCGCCAACUCCACCUCAGUGUCCAGCUGGGCUGCAGUACGUGCCGUCUAUUGUCCGUGGCCGUCUGAUCUAUUGGGCACACAAUUCCCCCUCCUCUGGUCACCCAAGUAUCGGUCGUACAGUGCACUGCCUGACCGGAAAGUACUGGUGGCCUACCUUGGCUAAGGACGUGAGGGUGUAUGUCUCCUCCUGCUCGGUGUGCGCCCAGAGUAAGGCACCUAGGCACCUCCCAGUGGGUAAGUUACAGCCCUUACCAGUUCCACAACGGCCAUGGUCCCACUUGUGUAUUGACUUCCUUACUGAUCUUCCCCUCUCUCAAGGUAACACCACAAUCCUGGUCGUUAUGGACCGCUUUUCCAAAGCCUGCCGCAUCCUUCCUCUUCCCGGUCUCCCCACGUCCCUGCAGACUGCAGAGGCCCUGUUUACACACAUCUUCCGGCACUACGGGGUACCAGAGGACAUAGUGUCUGACCGGGGUCCCCAGUUCACAGCCAGGGUCAGGAAGGCGUUCAUGGAACAUCUGAGGAUCUCGGUCAACCUGACCUCUAGUUUCCACCCUGAGUCUAAUGGGCAGGUGGAAUGAGUGAAUCAGGAUGUGGGUAGGUUCCUGCGUUCCUACUGCCAGGACCGGCCGGGGGAGUGGUCGGUGUUCUUGCCAUGGGCCGAAUAUGCCCAGAACUCUCUCCGACAAUCCUCCAUUAACCUAACGCCAUUUCUUCCACCGAGGCUCCUGCGGUGGAUGACUUGUUUCGGCAUGCAGAGGAGAUGUGGAACGCUGCUCACGUCCAGCUCCAACGCGCCGUGCAUCGCCAGAAGGCCAACGCUGACUGCCACCGCAGUGAGGCCCCGUCUUUGUACCGGGUGAUCGGGUCUGGCUCUCAACCCAGAAUCUGCCCCUCCGCCUGCCCUGCCGGAAGCUGAGCCCGCGGUUUGUGGGGCAAUUCAAAGUCCUGAGGAGAAUAAACAAGGUUACUUACAGGUUACUACUCCCUCCUGAUUACCGCAUUAACCCCUCGUUCCAUGUGUCUCUCCUCAGGCCGGUGGUGGCUUGUCCGCUCCAGGAGUCUGAAGUGCGGGAGUUCCCUCCGCCCCCUCUGGACAUCGAGGGGGCCGUGGCGUACUCUGUCUGUUCCAUCCUGGAUUCGAGGCGUCAGGUGGGGGGCCUUCAGUACCUCGUGGAGUGGGAGGGGUACAGUCCGGAGGAGCGGUGCUGGGUCCCGGAGAGGGAUAUCCUCGAUCCCUCCCUGUUGCGGGAUUUCCACCGUCGCCAUCCGGCUCGCCCUGCUCCGCGUCCUCCUGGCCGUCCCUGAGGCCAGUGUCGGCGCGCUGCUGGAGCUGCGCAUCAAGGGGGUGAAUUACCCUCCUGCGCCUGAUUCCUUCGACAUCACCUCAUCACACGUUGCAAGGACGAGAAUACAUUUUAUAUUGCUAAAUGUAUUUUUGCUACCUGGCGAACAAGAGCCAAUCGUAAUCACAACGUGGUAAAAACUACUUUGCAGCGUCACGAGGGAUUACAUUUUUUUUCCCUUCUGGAUUUUUAUUCCUUCGUUGUUAAUGGUAUGUAAUUGACAUUUGCCUCUAUUUGCAUUAGGAAAUGUGACAUUUAAACAAACUUUUUUUCUGUGGCUCACGUUUUCUAAUUGAAGUUAUAACAUGUUUAUAAUAGCAUUAUAGAUUAUUUAUAGUAUGACUGUUUUAAUUGAAUCACCGGCCAGUAGAACAUGGAUCAGUAGGGGAGUACUUCGCCUCACCAAAAGCUCCUCUGGUCACAAUGCCAUGAUUGUGAGCUCUCUGGAUUAGAACAUCAGGCCUUCCCUGUCUCUGUCUAGGCCUGUUCACAGAUUUUCAGAAUAUCACAGUGAUUUCUAUAAUAAUUCCACCAUCUAUGACUCUAUAAUAAUCCCAUAAUCUACGACUUCUCCAUCACUUUCAUACCACAAAAAGCUGAGCAAUGUGGUAUGAUUAUUCCUCCCCUCCUCCUAAGACUGAUUGACCAGGAUGGUCCUGAUAAAUACUGUUAUUUUGAUGGUUUAUACAGUACUGUUUAAAUGCCAGCUGUUAAUGUGAAGGUUAAACCGUGGCAUUUGCAGAAAUACAUUUUCAUCAUGUGAUUUCUAAGUAGGUGCCCUCUUUUGUCCUCCUCAGGACCAAUAGAUGUUGUACAGAGCAGCUGAAAACACUGUAUUUAUAAAAUAAUAGUACUAACACAAUACUGUUUUACAGUACCAUAUUUAAGUGAUAAUACCAGAGAAGCCGGUGUUUGGAGGAUAUAUUGGCACGGGUGUUGUUAGGCCCGAGAUGAAAUAACACACAGUGAUACAUUAACUAUUUGGCCCUGUGUUGCUCAGUUUGUAGAGCAUGGCGUUUGCAAUGGCAAGAUUAGGGGUUCGAUUCCCACGGGGGGCCAGUAUGAAAAUGUAUGCACUAACUGUAAGUCGCUCUGGAUAAGAGCGUCUGCUAAAAUGACUAAAAUGUGGGAGCUAAAACUAUCCAUACAAACUGUUUCUAGUUUUGUUUCAGCGUUUUGUAGGCUAAUUAGCACGUCUUCCUCUCUCCCCAUGUAAUGAUGUACAUGUAGAUCAAAAGCUCAAGGCUGAAUCUGAAUCUGCAUCGGUUAUCUAACAUCUCACCCUAGAUAAAGCCUCUGCUCUCAUCAAUAUUCAUGUCUUUAUCUGCAGUAUCUAUAUCUUCAUAACAGUGCGUGUCAUCCCUAGAUAUCUGUUGUCUGAAUCUCUCUCUAUCUCUUUCUCUCUCUCUCUCUCUCUCUCUCUCUCUCUCUCUCUCUCUCUCUCUCUCUCUCUCUCUCUCUCUCUCUCUCUCUCUCUCUCUCUCUCUCUCUCUCUCUCUCUCUCUCCCCCAGGUCACGCCUUGUUGGAGCGUCUAUGUCUGCAGGAGGGGGAGGGAGCAAUGGAUGAGGCUGAGAGGUUGUGUUGUUGUAUGAUGGGCAUGGGGCUGCUGCAGCCCCUCAGUGAUUGUUUCAGAGAGCAGCAUGAAGACAUUGUCACUCCAGUCACAGCCACAUUUAAUGUGAGAACCAACUCUUUACUUACUAACAUUGUUUCACUGCUGCCAUUUCAACAAAUAUUACACUGAUCAUAGGCUGAUAGCCUGAACUGGCUAGUAUUGCUCACUGGAUGAGAGUAUAAUUAAUGUUAACAAAUGUAUUCUGGGUUAUGUAUCAACUACAGUAUCUACCUACCUAUCUACUCUAUCUCCAUAUCUGGAUGUUUGAAUCUUUAAGCAUUUAAUUAUGUUGAGAACCGUUCCUAUGGUCAGCCUUACCAUAUGAAAGCUGAUUUCAUAAAUGUUUAAAUAAUUUUCCCAGUAACGCUUCACAGAUGUAAUCUCAUGUGUGUGAUUAUAAUAUUUCCAGCAUAGUUCAUCAGGAACGCACGCUGUCGGUGCCAUUUUUAUCACAUGUCCCUUGCAGCUGAAUCCACUCAGCUGUAACGUUCUUAGGCUGAGGAUUCAAAUAUAGAUUUUGCGGGUUAGUAUUUUUUCAUAACUAGAAAUAGAUGUCUUAUAUUUUCUGUUAGCAUGUGUGUGUGUGUAUGCAUGCGUGUAUAAGUGUGUACGGGUGUGUGUGUGCUUCCUGUUGCAGUAUCUUCAUAGGGACUGAACAUUGUGUCGUGAGGCAAUGGGUUGUCAUGUUUCCUUUCUUGGUGUGCCAUGUGAUCAAAGUAUGCUUUUCUUUUACUCAGUCACCAAAGCAGAAUUUGUGUCUGAACAGAUGAGCAUUCGUCUCUGGCUGCACUGUGCACCUUCCCCCUUAGAUACACUCACAUACAUAAACACAUUGUCACAAACACUCAGUCAUAACAUGCACACAAACUCACAUAGAAAAACAGAACAUCCCUGGGCACACACAAAUAUAGUACAGUACAAACAGGCACACACAAAUUCACACAUGCUUUCAGUCAGUACACACACACACACACAUGCAUGCCUUACAGACAGUCAUUCUGUGACACACACACACACACUGCUUGCGUAGAACAUCUGCUGACCGCGUUGCAUAAGAGCCCCACGUGCCCAGGGCUCAGGCUGCUCUUACCCAGCAGAAGGCUAACCGUGCCUGGGUUGGUUAGAGCAUUUUGUCCCCUCUCACUGUCUCUAACUGUUCCUGGGAUUGGACCCGCAGCUGCAUUAUUCAGCUUGAAAAGAAUCAACCUCUCCCUGUGUCUUUUGACAAUGCUGCUCUCUCUCACCGGUUGUUCUCCCUUCUCUCUCAUUUUCUCUCUCUCUCGCUCUCUCUCGCUCUCUCUCUCUCUCCCUCUCACUCCCUCUCUCGCUCUCUCUCUCUCCCUUUCUGUCUCUCCCUAUCUUUCUCUGUCCUCACUGUCCUCACCCCUGUAAAAUAGUCAGCCUUGUUUGACUCCCUGAGAUAUAAUCCCUCCCUAGUGAAUCUGCAUUGUCUCUAGAGGGAAAAUAUUGAUACAUUUUAUUAAGGUUGAUGUGAUAGAGUAGGAGGCUAUGACAGGUUUUGAUCAUGUUUUACUCUCUGUCUGUACUGUAGUUGUGAUUCUGGCUUCAGCAAAAUCCGUGGUUCUGGUUAAUGUUUUGUUCUGGCAUUGACUGCACAGAGAAAGCAAUACCUAAGGUCAGCUCUCAGACUGGAACAAAUUGCAUAUUUGCUCCCUAAAGUGUAGACACACACUCAUACAUACUCAAACACACACUCUUGACAUGCACAGUGUUGGAAUGGCUUGAGAUUCUUACAUAAAUGGAUAGUCAUUAUGUAAUGGUCUCUGAAUUAUCAGAUUGAUUUACAAUAUGUUCAGAUUCAUACUAAAUUGGGCCCUUAGAAUUGCCCAAUUGUAUGUGGUUAUGUAGUCAAUUGCAAGGGUUGGUGUGAGGUGUGACCCAGGUGCGGUGCAGGAUUGACAGUAGGCAGUAGGCAGAGAUGGUGAAACAAUGAUCUUUACUGGUGGUCCCAAUACCAGGAUACAAAAUAAUGGACUUGUCACAAUAAAAUAAAGGAGGAGCAAAUUGGUCUCCAAAAACAGGCUGACAGCAAAAAUACAAAAUACUAACUACGACUGAAACAACAAUGAAACAGGGAGAACACUUCUCAAGUACCUGUACAUACGUCUCGCGAUCAGACACUGAUUCGUACUGCUUGGCAUCGAGAAACUAGCAGACAAAACUGAGCAAGGGAAUACAGGGAGGUGAGGGAAUAAAUACACAGGUGAACAGGUAGACACAGGUGACACCAAUAGGAUACAGAUUAGUCCAGACUGUGAGUGAGGAGGUGCCUAAGGUUGUUGGAGGAGGACACCGAGUGGGUCGUUCCGGAACUGCGACCCCCUCCUAUAACAGUCAAUAUCAUAUUACUGUGCCGUGCUGAAACUGCUUGCUGCACUGGAACCAUUUCCCAGGAAAAUAAUUUGUUCAGCUGUUAAGGAAUACGCUCUCAUGCACUAAGCGGAACUAAUAAAAUAUACACAGUAACAAGAAUACUUUUCAUACCUCAGAUUAAUGAGAUUGGCUUUGAAGGCAGUGUUUACUUUUAGCCUCUUGCAAUUUGCCACAGGUUCCAUUCUACAAUAGGUAGUAUUGUGCUUAGCAAGCACAGUACCUUACCUCACUUUUGAAAAGUAGACAUUUGAAUUGGUUCAAAUCGUAAAGUGAAAGCCCUCUCUAUUUGGCAUUGUUGGUGGAUGUCAUCUGAACUGGAAUCAACAGACAUAGGUUGUCUGGGUUGCUUUAUUGAUGUAUUCCUUGAAGAUAAGUAAAAAGUGAUUAAAUAUGAAUGGAUUUCCUGUUUGUCUGUCAGGUAAUGACUGUACGUUAAAUAGAUAUCUGCCCUUUUGUCUGUGCGCUGUGCUGUUCUCGCCUAUUUUUCUUUAUUUGUGUGAAUAAUUAAACCAAAUCAAUUUAAAUGAUGUACACUACCAGUCAAAAGUUUGGUCACACCUACUCAUUUGAGGGUUUUUCUUUAUUUUUUACUAUUUUCUACAUUGUAGAAUAAUAGUGAAGACAUCAUAACUAUGAAAUACCACAUAUUGAAUAAUGUAGUAAACAAAAAAGUGUUAAACAAAUCAAAAUAUAUUUUAGAUUCUUCAAAUAGCCACCCUUUGCCUUGAUAACAUCUAUGCACACUCUUGGUAUUCUCUCAACCAGCUUCAUGAGGUAGUCAACUGGAAUGCAUUUCAAUUAACAGGUGUGCCUUCUUAAAAGUUAAUUUGUGGAAUUUCUUUCCUUCUUUAUGUGUUUGAGCCAAUCAGUUGUGUUGUGACAAGAUAGUGGGGGUAUACAGAAGAUAGCCCUAUUUGGUAAAAGACAAAGUCCAUAUUAUGGCAAGAACAGCUCAAAUAAGCAAAGAGAAACGACAGUCCAUCAUUACUUUAAGACAUGAAGGUCAGUCAAUACGGAACAUUUCAAGAACUUUGAAAGUUUCUUCAAGUGCAGUCGCAAAACCCGUCAAGCGCUAUGAUGAAACUGGCUCUCAUGAGGACCGCCACAGGAACGGAAUUGUGUUGUGUCCAUACUUUUGACUGGUUCUGUAAGUAAAAUGAUAUAUGUAAAAUGUUCCAGUUAUGAUCGCUUGUAGUAUUCACCUGGUUAUUAUAUGGUGUUACUAUAUGGUACUGUGUUACUGUGAAUAAAAUGUAGAUCUAAAAGUACAUACUGAAAAAUGCAUGUUCAUUGCCUUCUCUCCCCCAGGACGACCAGCUGUAUACCUGGGCUACCUUCGGCCUGCCCUCCCACAUCUGGGAGUCCCAUGAAGGGCAUACCCCAGGCCACAUCCAGGUCCUGUGGCCCCCUCCACAGCCAGCUCGGGUAUGUUAUCAACUCUGUUUAUGUAGUGUACCACCACAAGCAGAGCUACAGAGAAGAACAUUUGUUCAAACAGUGUGACAUUGAAAAUGUUGCGCCACUUUCAACCGAAUGGAAAAUUACUGUGAGUGCCUCAGGAGGAUAACAGAUCUUUGUGGUCUUUUAUUUGCUCUUACAACUGUAACUGUACAGGCCUCCUGUAGCUCAGUUGGUAGAGCAUGGCGCUUGCAACGCCAGGGUUGUGGGUUCGAUUCCCACGGGGGGCCAGUAUGAAAAAUGUAUGCACUCACUAACUGUAAGUCGCUCUGAAUAAGAGUGUCUGCUAAAUGACUAAAAUGUAAAAAUGUAAGUGAAUGAAUACCCAGGCCCAGACAGGUUUUGAUACAAUACUGUCCUCUUGUGGUUAUAUUUUGUAUAUUGACAGAGCAUGUAGAUGUUACUACCGUUCUUCCAACAGAGGUCAGGCUUAUCCUAUAGUAACUAUACAGGUAUCAAACAUAUUCACCCCCCUUGGAUUUUUUCACAUUUUUGUUGAAUUACAAAAUGGGAUUGAUAUGGAUUUAAUUAUUGUUGUUUUUUGUUAUUGUUCUACACAAAAUACUCCAUAAUGUCAAAGUAAAAAGAAAAUUCUACAAAUGUUUACAAAUUAAUACAAAUUAAAUUACUAAAAUAUUGUUGUUGCAUAAGUAUUCACCCCCUUUUUUUAGGCAAGCCUAAAUUAGUACAGGAGUAAAAUGUAUCUUAACAAAUCACAUAAUAAGUUACAUGGACUCACUCUGUGUGAAAUAAUAGGAAUUGACAUGAUUUUUCAAUGACAACCCCUUCCUCUGUCCCACAUAUGUACAACAUCUGUAAGGUCCCUCAGUCAAGUAUUGAAUUUCAAGCACAGAUUCAACUACAAAGUACAGGGAGAUUUUUGAAAGCCUCAUAAAGAAGGGCAGUGAUUGGUAGAUGGGUAAUAAUAACAAAUCAGACAUUGAAUAUCUCUUUAAAAUACAGGGCCUUCGGAAAGUAUUCAGACCCCUUGACUUUUUUCCACAUUUUGUUAAGUUAUAGCCUUAUUCUAAAAUAUAUUAAAUAAAAAAGAUUCCUCAUCAAUCUACACACAAUACUCCAUAAUUAUAAAACAAAAACAGGCUUUUAUACAUUUUUGCAAAUUUAUUUAAAAAAAAAACAGGAAAUACCAUAUUUACAUUGCUAUGAGACUCGAAAUUGAGAUCAGGUGCAUCCUUUUUCCAUCGAUCAUCCUUGAGAUGUUUCUACAACUUCAUUGGAGUCCACCUGUGGUAAAUUCAAUUGAUUGGACAUGAUUUGGAAAGGCACACACCUGUCUAUAUAAGGUCCCACAGUUGACAGUGCAUGUCAGAGCAACAACCAAGCCAUGAGGUCGAAGGAAUUGUCCGUAGAGCUCCGAGACAGGAUUGUGUCGAGGCACAGAUCUGGGGAAGGGUACAAAAAAAUGUCUGCAGCAUUGAAGGUCCCCAAGAACACAUUGGCCUCCAUCAUUCUUAAAUGGAAGAAGUAUGGAAUCACCAAGACUCUUCCUUGAGCUGGCCUCCCGGCCAAACUGAGCAAUCAGGGGAGAAGGGCCUUGGUCAGGGAGGUGACCAAGAACCCGAUGGUCACACUGAUAGCACUCCAUAGUUCCUCUGUGGAGAUGGGAGAACCUUCCAGAAGUACAACCGUCUCUGCCACCAAUCAGCACGCCACCAAUCAGUCCUUUAUGGUAGAGUGAGCAGACGGAAGCCACUCCUCAGUAAAAGGCACAUGACAGCUCGCUUGGACUUUGCCAAAAGGCACCUAAAGACUCUCAGACCAUGAGAAACAAGAUUCUCUGGUCUGAUGAAACAAAGAUUGAACUCUUUGGCCUGAAUGCCAAGCGCCACGUCUGUAGAAAACCUGGCACCAUCCCUACUGUGAAGCAUGGUGGUGGCAGCAUCAUGCUAUGGGGAUGUUCUUCAGCGGCAGGGUCUGGGAGACUAGUCAGGACUGAGAGAAAGAUGAACAGAGCAAAGUACAGAGAGAUUCUUGAUGAAAACCUGCUCCAGAGCGCUCAGGACCUCAGACUGGGGUGAAGGUUCACCUUCCAACAGGUCAACGACCCUAAGCACACAGCCAAGACAACGCAGGAGUGGCUUCAGGACAAGUCUCUGAAUGUCCUUGAGUGGCCCAGCCAGAGCCCGGACUUGAACCCAAUCUAACAUCUCUGGAGAGACCUGAAAAUAGCUGUGCAGCAACGCUCCCCAUCCAACCUGACAGAGCUUGACAGGAUCUGCAGAGAAGAAUGGGAGAAACUCCCCAAAUACAGGUGUGCCAAGCUUGUAGCGUUAUACCCAAGAAGACUUGAGGCUGUAAUCGCUGCCAAAGGUGCUUCAACAAAGUACUGAGUAAAUCAUCUGAAAACGUAUGUAAAUGUGAUAUUUCCAUUUUUUAUUCAUAAUAAAUUUGAUACCAUUUCUAAAAACCAGUUUUUGCUUUGUUAUGAUGGGGUGUUGUGUGUGGAUUGAUGAGGGGAAAAAACAAUGUUAUCCAUUUUAGAAUAAGGCUGUAACGUAACAAAAUGUGGAAGAUGUCAAGGGGUCUGAAUACGUUCCGAAUGCACUGUACACGGUCAAGUUAGAAAUUAUGCUAUGGAUGAUAUAUUAAACCACCCAGACACAACAAAGAUACAGUCGUCCUUGUGAACUGAGCUGCAGGACAGGAAGGAAACUGAUCAGGGAUGUCACCAUGAGGCCAUUGUGACAGAGUUCAAUGGCUGUGAUGGGAGAAAACUGAGAAUGGAUCAACAACAUUUUAGUUACUCCACAAUAAUGACCGAAAUGACAGAGUGAAAAGAAUAAUACAAAUAUACAAAAUAAAAAUAGGCACUAAAGUUAUACUGCAAGAAAACACUGCAAAAGAAUACAGUUUAUGUCCUAAAUGCAAAGCCUUAUGUUUGGGGCAAUCCAACACAACACAUCACCUCCUUAUUUCCAAGCAUGGUGGUGGCUGCAUCGUGUUAUAGGUAUGCUUGACAUUGGCAAAGACUGAGGAGUUUUUCAGGAUAAAAAGAAAUGGGAUGGAGUUAAGCACAGGCAAAAUCCUAGAGGAAAACCUGCUUCAGUCUGCUUUACACCAGACACUGGGAGAGGAAUUCACCUUUCAGCAGGACAAUAACCUACAACACAAGGACAAAUCUACACUGGAGUUGCUUACAAAGAAGACAGUGAAUGUUCCUUAGUGGCCAAGUUACCAUUUUGACUUCAAUCUGCUUGAAAAUCUAUUGCCAGACUUGAAAAUUGCUGUCUAGCCAUGAACCCCAACACAUUGACAGAGCUUAAAGAAUUUGGAAAGAAUACGACUAUCUAAUCAACCGAUAUUAGUGUUCCAUUUUUUAGAUUUGUUUUCACUUUGACAUUACAUAGUAUAUUGUGUAGACCUUUGACAAAAAAAAAGACAAAUAAAUCCAUUUUAAUCCCACUUAGUAACACAAUAAAAUGUGAAGAAAUCCAAGGGGGUACUUAUGAUACCCACUGUAGGUCAUUGUCAGAAGAAGGUAAAUUCUUCAUAUCCUGCUGAGCUUUUUAGCUUGUAAUGGUCUCCUGAACUUCACUUAAAAAUACUUGAACUGUAAACUCAACACAAACUGUAGAGUAACUAUAGACAUGGCUGGAAUAUGUUAAUCUAACUCUGGGCUCUGCGCUCUUCACAUUGCCUCUUUGAAGCUCAUUGAGACUUUGAUCGUCUCGUGGGUUAAAUCUUCGAAGAGUCUCCCCAUCUCUGUUCUAUCUACCCAUGAACUACAAGCCUGGAGUCUAGACAUGUGGCCUUCCCUGACCCUGACCUUACUCUCAACUUACCAUGGUCCAUAACCCUGCAACCAAACGCGCCCAGUUGUGUGUGUUUAUCCUUUUCACUCAGGGUGUGGCAUGUCACAUCCACUAGGUUUUAACUCUGAGAAAUUAUUCAAAAUAUAGAUUUUUUUGUAAGCAUGUGGUAUACUAGGACUAGAAAGCACAUUCCUUGAAAAGUGUUAAUGUAAUCCUGCUUGACUGUUUACAUCCUUCAAGAAGGGCUUCGAAACAUCACUUUAUGUUAUAUUAAUAUGUACAAUGUUUUGUAUUUUUUAUUGCUGCUGCUUGAAGAGUGGGUCUGAAAUUCUUUUUUCCUGACAGAAUUCGUCAAAGUCAGGGAAUCUGUGACAAAAGGAUAAUGGCAGUGAUAUUCCAGGGCUGGAGCAGACCAUCAAUGACUUGAGGAUAAAGAUUGCAGCACUGGAAAUCCAGCAUGCAUCUCUGGAGAUGGCAUUCCACUCUAAGGAGAGUGGGGAUAGGGACAAUACUGUGGCCUUGGGGGGUGUCAACCACACAUGGAAGAAGAGGAUGGAGAUUUCCGUACAGACAUCACCUGUGAAGGAGGGCUUUAGAUGUGAAGUGCCUUUCAAGGGAGGGUCAAUCCCCUCCUCAGCCUCUGUCCCACCAAUCUCCUCCUCCUCCCUCCCCAACCCUGGCUUUGUCUGUACCUGCCAACAGCAGCAGCAGAGUGGUACCCAGCCCCCACCUCCUCCCACCCCAGGUGUAUCCCCUCCUCCAGCUCAUCCUCCUCCUCCUCCUCCUCCUCUACCUCAGCUCUCUGGAGGGGCCCCCACCACCUCCACCCCCACCCCCUCUCCCUGGUGGGGCUGGUCCUCCUACUCCUCCACCCCCUCCUCCUCCUUUACCAGGUAUGGGUGGACCUUGUCCCCCACCUCCACCCCCUCCCCUGCCAAGCUUUGGACCUCCACCCCCACCCCCUCCACCAGGUAUGGGCCCCCCUCCUCCGCCCCCACCCCCCGGCAGUGGACCUCCUUCUACCCCAGGCUUUGGCCCUCCUCCCCCUCCCGGUGGUUUCAUGGCCUCCAUGGCCCAGGUUGCUGGCCCCCAGAAGGCACCCACCGAGCCCCCCAAGCCCAUGAAGCCUCUCUACUGGACCAGGAUCCAGCUGCAUGCUAAAAAGUAAUUAGCAGUCCACUUUAGUCCAAUUACUGUACAUAUACAAGCAUUACAUUUGCCUUCAGAAUAGUCUCAAUUAUUCGGGGAAUGGCAUUCCACAGGGAUGCUUGCUCAUGUUGACUCCAAUGCUUCCCACAGUUGUGUCUAGUGGAUUGGAUGUCCUUUGGGUGGUGGGCCAUUCUUGAUACACACGGGAAACUGUUGAGCGUCAAAAACCCAGCAACUUUGCAGUUCUUGACACAAACCAGUGCGCCUGGCACCUACUACCAUAGCCCGUUCAAAGGCACUUAAAUCAUUUGUCUUUCCCUUUCACCCUCUGAAUGGCACAGAUACACAAUCCAUGUCUCAAUUGUCUCAAGGCUUAAAAAUCCUUCUUUAACCUUCUCCUCCCCUUCAUCUACACUGAUUGAAGUGGAUUUAACAAGUGACAUCAAUAAGGGAUAAUAGCUUUCACCUAGAUUCACCUGGUCAUGGAAAGAGAAGGUGUUCUUAAUGUUUGUACACCCAGUGUACAGUAUAUGUUUAUCCAUAGCUUCCUAUUUAGCUAUAUGAUAUAACCAUUAACAUAACGCAUGAAUGAGAACGUAUGCAAAAGAUAGAGAUGGAUCAUUGAUAUUUAUGGAGGCUUUCCUAACCAAACUCUAGAAUGGGUUUUCUACUGAAGAUAAAGAUCAGCCAUAUUAUAGAGAUGGGAACCCAGUGUAAAAUUUGAGAAAGAUGUGGGAAAGGAGUGCGUUGAGAUGUUGUUUGAGUUGAAACAGGUGUUGUGAUGUGCUUUGGUACUGAUGUACUUGGUCCGACUCCACACAUAAAGAAGUCAUGCUAUAAUACUGCAGUACUGUGACAUGUCAGAAAAUAAGUCCACCUUAUAAUAACCAGUGGACACAGUGGUGGGUUAUAUAAAGUUAUUAGAAAUGUAAUGUACUGUACAGUAGUUGUCUGAAGAGGUACUGUAGUAAUUCUCUCUGCAUUCUGGGGCUCGGUAAAGCACAACAUGCCAGACACUUUGAAUUGUAAGUUUGAGGUACACUCUUAGAAAAAAGGGUUCCAAAAUGAUUAUUCAGCUGUCCCCAUUGGAGAACCCAUUUUGGUUCCAGGUAGAACCCUCUGUGGAAAGGGUUUUAUAUGGAACCCAAAAGGGUUCAACCUGGAACCAAAAGUGUUCUACCUGGAACCAAACAGGGUUCUUCAAAGGGUUGUCCUAUGGGGACAGCCGAAGAAACCUUUUAGGUUCUAGAUAGCAAAUUUUUUCUAAGAAUGUAUUACAUCAACAGGAUAAAGAUCCAAUGAUAGAGAUGUAAUACAGAUCUUUCUGUCUUCUACUUGAGGGAUGUGAGUGGUUCUCUGGUUUGGGAGAAGAUCGAGGAGGCAUCAGUGGAUUUUUAUGAGUUUGUCGAGUUGUUCUCCAAAAGUGCUGUGAAGGAGAAGAAGAAGCCAAUAUCAGACACCAUCACCAAGCCCAAGGCCAAACAGGUACUGUACAUUGUGUAUGCGUGCGUGCGUUUGUCUGUCUGUCUGCCCUUGCCUGUCUUUGGUCCCAUCCCUGUCUCUGUCUCUUGCUGUCUUCUCUCCGUCACUCUAAUCACUUGCCUGGGAAUGACAUGAGGAAGUGAUGUACUGUAGCCAGACAGUGAUUAUGUGAUGUGAGGUCUGGCUCCCCCUGGCUCCCCCUGGCUUCCAGGCCCAGUGAGGCGCAGAGCCAGUGAGUGGCGUGUCGUGAAUAAACCCACACCGAUGACUGGGAGACACUGUGGCAGACCAGACUGCUGCUCUGUGGCUCUGACCCAAUAG